AACGUUGGUUGCGAUUUCAACCACAAUCGGAGAAGUAAGGGGCAAAGGACAGACCUGCCACCAACUCAGCGAGAGAAGAACACUGUGACAGGGUUUCCAAAAUGGCAGAGUGGGCCAAUGCGGCAUUUGCCGCGAGACGGCGAGGGGACGAAACAACAAGGGACAACGCUUUCUCAUAUACCAACAGCAAUAACACAAGGGAUCCCUUUGAGGGUCCCAAUUACCACAUUGCCCCUCGAUGGGUGUACAAUGUUGCAACAGUCUGGAUGUUCUUUGUGGUUGUCGCCUCAACCUUCACCAAUGGCCUGGUACUGGUGGCCACGGCCAAAUUCAAGAAGCUCCGUCACCCUCUCAACUGGAUCUUGGUCAACCUUGCUAUAGCUGAUCUGGGAGAGACUCUGUUUGCCAGCACAAUCAGCGUCAUCAAUCAGGUUUUCGGCUACUUUAUACUCGGACAUCCCAUGUGUAUUUUUGAAGGCUACACUGUGUCAGUAUGUGGUAUUGCUGGACUGUGGUCGUUGACUGUCAUCUCUUGGGAAAGAUGGGUGGUUGUCUGUAAACCAUUUGGAAAUGUCAAGUUUGAUGGUAAAUGGGCAUCUGCUGGCAUUAUCUUCUCCUGGGUUUGGGCUGCUGUUUGGUGUGCACCUCCCAUCUUUGGCUGGAGCAGGUAUUGGCCUCAUGGUCUGAAGACCUCCUGUGGACCUGAUGUGUUUGGAGGAAACGAGGACCCCGGAGUCCAGUCCUACAUGCUGGUCCUAAUGAUCACCUGUUGCAUCCUUCCUCUUGCUAUCAUCAUUCUCUGCUACAUUGCUGUGUUCCUGGCCAUCCAUGCUGUUGCCCAGCAGCAGAAGGAUUCUGAGUCCACACAGAAGGCCGAGAAGGAAGUGUCCAGAAUGGUGGUUGUCAUGAUCCUUGCUUUCUGCCUUUGUUGGGGUCCGUACACGGCCUUUGCCUGCUUUGCUGCUGCAAACCCAGGCUAUGCCUUCCACCCACUGGCAGCAGCCAUGCCUGCCUACUUUGCCAAGAGCGCCACCAUCUACAACCCCAUCAUUUAUGUCUUCAUGAACCGACAGUUCCGCGUAUGCAUCAUGCAGCUCUUUGGAAAGAAGGUGGAUGAUGGCUCUGAGGUGUCCACAUCCAAAACAGAAGUGUCUUCUGUGGCUCCUGCAUAAGUCUUACGUGAUUUAUAGCUCCUGUUGAACAAGAGGGAAGAACUGGACUUUCAGACUCCAAGAUGCAAUAGUCUUGACUGUACAUAUGUAGGCAAAACUCCUCUGAAGGAAACUGUUUUAUGGCAAUGCUGGACUCAAACUGAACACCAUAUAGUAAGUCCUGAGUGGAUUUAUUUUGCGAUGCAAUGCUGUUAUUCAAAUCUUUUAUGAAAGUUCUCUCAUGCUGAAGAAUGUAAGAAAGACUGGUUCGAUGAAUAAUGUGAAAACAAUUAUGACACGUAUUGUUGUUGUCACAGAGCUAUGUUUUUUAGAUCCAAAUGCAAAUGUAAAAAGGAGAAAAAAAUAAAUUUUUAUGUUAUUUCAAUGUUUUCUGAAGAAAAUAAAUCAUGCAGCAAAAUGA